AUGGGUGGGAUAAUUUCGAAACGUGCUACUUCGAGACAGCCUUCUUUUCGGUCUGGAUCGCAUUCUUGGAGUCAACAAAGUUAUCCAGAGGUGCCAUAUGCACAACCAUAUGCACCACCAAGCCAAGACUAUGGGCAACAGCAGCAUUUUGCACCACCACCUCAAAGCCACGGCAGUGCUUGGCCAGGGUCGAAAAAGAGGUUGGAAAGGAAGUAUUCAAAAAUAGAUGAUGAUUACAACAGCCUGGAGCAGGUCACAGAUGCAUUGGCACGUGCUGGUUUGGAGUCAUCCAAUCUUAUUGUGGGCAUUGAUUUCACAAAGAGCAACGAGUGGACAGGUGCAAGGUCAUUUCAUCGGAAAAGCUUGCAUCACAUUGGAGAAGAGCAAAAUCCCUAUGAACAGGCAAUAUCAAUUAUAGGGAAAACAUUGUCUUCCUUUGAUGAAGAUAACUUGAUUCCCUGUUUUGGAUUUGGAGAUGCAUCAACCCAUGACCAAGAAGUUUUCAGUUUCUACCCAGAUGAGGGAUAUUUUUGCAAUGGAUUUGAAGAAGUAUUAAGACGAUAUAGAGAAUUAGUCCCUCAGCUACGACUUGCCGGGCCCACAUCAUUUGCCCCUAUUAUUGAAAUGGCCAUUACUAUUGUUGAGCAAAGUGGUGGUCAGUACCAUGUGUUGGUGAUAAUAGCUGAUGGACAGGUGACCAGGAGUGUUGAUACAGAGCGCGGCCAGUUAAGCCCACAGGAAAGGAAAACUGUUGAAGCAAUUGUGAAAGCAAGUGAGUAUCCCUUAUCAAUUAUACUAGUUGGAGUUGGAGAUGGGCCGUGGGAUAUGAUGAAGGAAUUUGAUGAUAACAUCCCUGCUCGGGCCUUCGAUAACUUUCAGUUUGUGAAUUUUACAGAAAUUAUGACAAAGAAUAUGGAUCGUUCGAGAAAAGAAGCAGAAUUUGCUCUUGCAGCAUUGAUGGAAAUACCCUCCCAGUAUAAAGCAACCCUCGAGCUUAAUAUAUUAGGUUCUACAAGUGGGAAGGCUGUAGAUAGGGUACCUCUUCCCCCUCCUCAUUAUGGUUCGGCUUCUUUUAGCAUGCCAAAACCGUCACAAUCAAGUAAUUUUCGUCCAAGUGCACCAUCCAGGCAACGUGAUGAGUUUGUUAGCACAGCACGUCCUGCAAGUUCAGCUUCUGAUAAUCAUGUCUGUCCCAUUUGCCUAACCGAUCCGAAGAAUAUGGCAUUUGGUUGUGGACAUCAGACAUGCUGUGACUGUGGACAAGAUCUUCAAUUAUGUCCCAUUUGCAGAAGCACCAUUGAAACCCGAAUAAAGCUCUAUUAA